AUGAUCACUCUUGAAGUUAAAGUAGCAUCUGUAAUGUUCCUGUUGAGAAUGCCUCAUUUCUUACAUGCAUUUUCCCAAGUUGGCAACGACUGCUCCAGCUUCCCUUCAGUAAUCAGUUUCAGUAAACUAGUUACUGAUCACGUGCUUGAGGGCCGCGUCAUAUCAACUGUCCACGUGACAAGUGAUCAAGAAUGUCAAAUGAAAUGCAUCUUGAGUGAAAUAUGUGACAGCUUCAAUCUUGGACCACAAACUGCCUCCAGACUUUAUCCCUGUGAAAUACUAGAUCAGCGAUCGAGCAGAAAGGUGAUUAAGAGGGAACAGUGGAAAUUCCGGGCGCGAUGGUGCCGGACCUCUCCGUGUCUGAAUGGUGGUACAUGUUUUGUCGUAAACGAUCGACCACUCUGCGUCUGCGCAAAGUUUUGGGAAGGUGCUACUUGCAACGUGCCUCAACAUAAAACAUCUUGCAGUGAAUGGAAGGCUUUAAAACCUUUAUCUGUGAGCGGGUUUUAUUUCAUCUCUCCUGGCUAUCAAAAAGGGUUGACACCUUUCUUAGUCUACUGUGACAUGACUGACAAAAAUGGAGUUGGCGUGACAGUUAUCGGUCACGAUAGCGAGAAGAGAACCCUUGUAAACGGUUGUGAACCUCAUGGAUGCUAUUCACGGGAUGUGCACUAUCUAAAUGCCAGUCUGCUACAGUUGUCAAGCCUCGCUGCUUUGUCAAGCCAUUGUGAACAAUUUAUCAAAUAUGAGUGUGUUGGUUCCAGCUUGCUUUUUCGGGGCUGGUGGGUGUCACACAAUGGUAUUAAGAUGAAUUACUGGGGUGGGGCAACUCCAGGAAGUGGUAAAUGUGCAUGCGGAAUGAAUAAGACUUGUUACGAUUCGACAAAGCCGUGCAAUUGUAACGCAAAUAUACCAGACGUAAUGCUAGAGGACAGCGGCUUGUUAACAGACAAGACAGCUCUUCCUGUGAGUCAGUUGAGAUUCGGCGACACAGGCGGUACGGGUGAACAAGGAUGGCACACUCUCGGAAAGCUCUACUGUUACGGAGUCUCUUAA